UAGAUGGACAUUGGUACGGAUAUACAACGUCGUCGUUUCAGGCAAACGUAGGCUGUACCGUUGCCCAGCGCCGGCCGCAAACAGAAUGGUCUGAAAAUCAGGGAAGAGAAAGGCAAACUGGAAAAUGGCGUUUCCGGGAGACCCAAGGGCUUUUGCAACACUCGGCUCUCGUUAUCCACGGCAUCCUCCGAACUCUCUCCUUCCUCUCAAGGUGGACCUCUCUGGUUUUCUUCACAGGAGAUUUGGAAAUAAAGGAAUCAAGCCAAAAUGGCACACCAUGGCACAUGAAAAUGAUAGCAUACGUAGAAUCUCCCUGCGAGAUGGUUUUGAGAGCUCUGCAAAUUAUGAACAAUCACCAAAAUCCCUAAGUCAAGAAAGCUUUAUCCUUAGUUCCAUUAACAUGAACUUCUUGGAGCGAUUGAUAUUGGCUUGGAGGAUAAUUUUUCCAUCAUCAACAUCUAAAUUGAAAUCCAACGCUACGAUUGCCAAGCAGCGGUUAAAGAUGAUUCUCUUGUCUGACCGAUGUGCAGUUAAUGAUGAAGCUAAACAAAAAAUUGUGGACAACAUCUUGAGUACUCUUUCAGAUUUUGUUGAAAUAGAUUCAGAUGAUAAAGUGCAAUUCAAUGUCUCUACUGAUUCAGAUCUCAGAACUAUUUACUCUGUCACGGUGCCUGUGCGGAGGGUGAAGGCCAACUAUCAAGGCAGUGAGGAAGUUGGAGCAAUAACGAAAACAGACUCCAAAGAUGAUGGAGAAAUAUCUGGCUCCGUAACAUAGAUCUCAUGUUUGACUGUUUAAUUGCAGAAAGACAUUGUUCUUAAGGUCUGCUUCAUCUGUAUAAAUAUAUGAAAAAUUAGUCAAGGUUUUAACUUGUUUGAUCUGUAGCUUUGUUUGUAUUUUUGGGACCAUAGUUAUUUGAUUUCUACCAGGGUAAGCUGCAAAUUAACAAGACAGUGCACUAUGGCUUCUCUGUGUCUGCUUGUUGGAGUUGGGUGUUUGAUGCACCAAAUCAUAAAAAACUUGAAGCUUA